AUGGGCGAUUCCAAAAAAUUACAUAAAAGCGGAAGUUCUAAACUAAAAAAAAAGGAGAAAGAGUUGCUUAGAAAGGAAGGUCAAAACCCUAAUCAAAAAAAAUUAAAUUUUGUAAAAUCAAGUGACAAUAAUUUGAAAAAAUGUAGCAGUAGUGUAAUUGAAAAUGAAAGAGAAAAUCUGAAUAGUGAUAAUGAUGUCAAUUCUUCAAAACAAGAUAUUAAAGAUAUUGAAAAUGUUGAUGCCAUGGCAAUAGUUGAAACCGAGUUUGAAACCUGUUCAAAUAUUGAUAAUGAUGAUCCUAUUACAGAUCCAUUACAGGCAUUUGAAAUCAAUGUUUAUAACCAAGACUCAAGAGUGAUGAUGAUAUUAUAG